GACUAGGUACUGCAAUGCACUUUUUACUGACCUUCCAAAGCAAUCUAAUGGCAAACUUCAACUCAUUCAGAACACCACAGCUAGACUUUUAACCAAAACCAGGAUGAGGGAACACGUCACUCUUGUCUUAGCUACUUUGCAUUGGCUUCCUGUAUCAUUCGGAAUUGAUUUUGAAAUUCUUACUUGUUUCUAAAGCUCUUAACGGUCUGGGAUCAGGGUACGUCACAGAAUUGCUUUCGUUUUAUAAUCCAGCUCGAGCUCUCAUGCCUUAUUCCGUCCGUAUAUUGAAUUUAAACAAUCUUUCUCAAAGACAAUUGGCAGGUCAGCUUUAUUUUGAAGUACGCUCCUAAAUUGUGGAAUUCAAUACCUAAAACUGUAAGGGAUGAAGACUCAGUUGACACUUUUAAACGCCAGCUCAAAACCUAUUUAUUUAACCUUGCUUUUAACUAACUUCCGUUUCUCUUUUAUAUUCGUAUUUAUUUUAUUUUCAUGUUUGUACUUUAACCCAUUGUAAAUCACUUUGAAUACAUCGUUUUGUAUAAAAAGUGCUCUAUAAAAAGUUAUUAGUAUUACUCAUUCAGGGUUUCUGCUCGGAGAAGCGUUCAGCGCUGUCCGCUCUGUGCAGAGAAUGCUGGGGCCUCUAGCCCCGUUAGCGGCUGGAGGUCGUGCCAUAUUAAGUGUCGCUUCCACGUUAACCCCGCCGCAUUCGGCGACCUGUUAGCGACGAAGUGAGUGAACCGGACAAGUCCCGCAAAGAUCACCGAGUUCUUCGUUCACCCAUGGGACUUGGAGCUACUGGCUGUCUUUCUUGGUUUGGUAACUGCCUCUCCUUUGGCUUUCAAACAUCAAGAGGUGUCCAUCAGACUUCUGGGAUUGUGUUGAACCCCAUCACUUGCUUCACCUUCUGCCACAAGCCAGCAAUUAGCGUUCACUAGAGAGUCUCCUCCGAGAAAUUUGACCCACAGGAGCUAUGAACCCAAACCAGCUGAGUCCUGAGCCCCAGACAGCACUGAGUCCAAAGCCUUGCAGCAACCUCCCUAGUAGCUGUGGGCAAGUCCACUCCUCCAUCGCCUCUCCAGCAAGCGGCUUGGCAGCCAGCCCCUUUCCCGCAGCAGGUUUGGGCAUCAUGCAGAACAUGACCAGCCCUGGAACCUACAUCCAGAUCCCCACCAACGCCGAGGUCCGCUGCAUCUCCACGCUCUCCUUGCCCCCAGCGGUCCAGAGGAAGAUCUACGGUGGAGCCUGCAGCCCGCCGAAGGGCAGUGACAGUAGCAAGCCCUCCAUUGCCAUCUACAUCUACCCUGUCAACCCAAUCAAGCUGUCUGAGGCCAAGCGCCUUCUUCCUUUGACACACAAGCCAUUGUCGCCAGACUGUGGAGCUAAGGGUGUGACUGAUUCAGAGGAGAAGCCCAUUUCUCCACCAGCCCAAGUGCCAAAUAAGAAAACAUCCUCAAGGAGACAGGACAUCAAAAUAAAUCAACCUGCAAAGGAUGCUAUUGUUACCCCAACACCUGUUUCAGUUAAAUUUUGUAAUAACCUGGCCUCUCAGGUGCUGAAAACAUACGUGAAGCUGCAGGGGAAAGGGGGAUGCAUGGACGACUUGAUGCAGACUUACUUCAACAAUCCACUGGAGGUCAAGUCUGCCAAUUCGUUCAAAGACAAUGCCCUGCUCCUCUUCAAUGGGCAGCUGUUUUUCCUCGCCCAGAAAGGCACUGAAAUACCUGCCGCGGCAAUGAAAGGGAAGCCGUUGGCAAGGGAAUCGGAUGCGCAGGAGCCCAGCAUGGUUGAAGGGGAGACAGGUUGCUUUGAGCAUAGGAUUGAUACUGGUCAGAUCUCCACCAGCUCUUCAGCUGCAAGGCGUGAGAUUGAUCCACAGGCAUCGAAGCGGGAACACGAGACCAAUAGGAAAGAAUGCACUGCAAAGGGAGGUGAUGGCUUAAAUUGCCCUUCCAAACCUCGGCAAAAUGGAUUGGAGAUGUCGCAGCAGAUUGUGAAGUGGCUGCCGAAUUCUCUCCCAGCAAGCUGUGUGAGAAGGCCUAUGUUCUCCGAAAACAGGGACUUGCUCCUAAAAGCAGGCAUCCAUUAUGAUGUCAGUGUUUGUCUUCACAGAAUCUCCUUGAGUGGCAAUGCUGACACUUCGGUUCACCGGGUGGAACGUCCUGCAGGAAGUAUUCCGCAGCUUUGCAAAGAACCUGAACGGGUGCACUUGGAAGAAUGCCCUAAGCUCUCUCGAGAGCCUGAGCUGUCAGAGAUCGAGGAGUGUCUAGAGCUCACGGGGGAACCUGAGUUGAAGGCGUGCCCACAGCUUUCCAAAGAAGUUGAUUUUGGAGAUUUGGAAGAAAAUUCUGAUACCUCAAAGAUUACCACGUCAUUCCCAUCCAAAGAAUGUCCAGAUCUCUCCAAAGAAUCCGGGCCUGUAGUAAUGGAGGAAUGUGCAUCCAUUUUAAAAGUGCUUAAACCAGGAGAACUGGAGGGGUGCUCUAGUAUCUCGAGGGAGGCCAGCCCAGUAUCGCUGGAAGAAAGCCAGGGAAAUUUCAAAAACAAUGUCUCAGUGGCAUUGCAAGAAGAUAGAGGUGCCUGUGGCACGCCAAGUUCGGCAGACCUCAGAGAACAAUUGGAACCUAGUGUGAACUUGAGCUGUGUGGGUUUGAAAGACUGCCAAGCAGAGUUGGACGAGGAUUUCCACAGCAAAGACAGAAGGAAGCGCGAAGAGGUUGAAAUUGAGAUUCAGAGCUCCGGCUGGCAAAACUCAAAUGGGGACGAUGAUAAAUGUGGACCGAACAAGAGGAGAAAGCUUCACCAAGAGAUCACUUCCGAAACUUCUGUGAAUUCCGAAAGGGAAGUGUGCGGGCUCCUUAAUGUCAAAAGGCCAACCAAUGAUGAGGCUGGAAAUUCUGCCGCGACAUCACCACGUUGUCUGCUCAUCUUGCACCACCAGCCGCAAGUUUGCUUCUAUCCUCCCGAGCAGGAAAACCCUUUGGAAGUGGACGAUACUGUGCGAGACGAGAAAAUUAAUCGCUUGAAGGAAAUUCUCAAGGAGAAGCAGGCAGCGUUGGAUCUUGUGAGGAAGCGAGUAUCACUUUCCAGUUCUGCAUCAGGCUCUACAGUGGAGUAAGAGGUGCAAACUGCAAAUAUGAAAUACCAACUCGUAGUGAGUAGAGACACUCUGAACCAUGUGAUGAUGGAUAGUAUUUUUGGGGUUAUGGACAACCUCAUAGCUCGCCGGUUGUCAAUUAUUCCUUCUGAAGUACAGUCACCCAUCCUUAUGCAUUUAAAUCCAAUAGUUGUGAAUAUUCACUUUAAUUCAAAAUUUCUACUUGUUUUUCGUAAAUUCCACUAUUAAUUUGUAUUUUGCUAUCUACGUGUAUAGGAUAUUAGGGUGUUCAAUAGAGCACUGUUUUCCUGUUGCCUCUAAACAAAGAAUUAAUUGUUCUACUUUAUUGUGCAAUAUUAAAAGGCUCU